GAGGCCAGUGGCGCCUGCGCGUUGCGGGCUGUGAGCCGCUCGCCCUACGGCUGUACACCAUGGCCCAAGCAGAGAAGAAAGGCGGACUGCUCUGGAAAUCUUCAGCCUCCAAGAAACCAUUGAAAGAGAAAGUUGUGCUAAUGUACGAUGAGAUCUUCAUGACGGAGGAUCCCAGUAAAUGCAGCCCUCGGUUCUGGGAGGAGCUUUUCCUCAUGAAGGUGAACCUGGAGUAUCUAGAAAGCAAGCUGGAGUCUCUGGAUGGAGAAGAGUUAAUGAAGAUAAAAGAUAACAUUAACUGUUUGUUCCAACACUGCAUCCAGGCCUUGGGAGAAGAGCACCCAAUCCGAGUAGUCAAUGCGUUACAGACGUUAUGUGCGUUGAUUCGCGGCGUCCAUCAGAAGAACAAAUCCACCUCUGGGUUUGACAUCAUCAACAUGCUCAUGGGCUUUGACAAAGCAGAGCUGUGCAUGAAGAAUCUGAUGGAGAGCUUGGACUCGCUGCUUUGUGCAGAAGGCUCCGAAAGCCUGAAGAGUUUGUGUCUGAAGCUGCUUCUCUGCUUGGUAACGGUGACAGACAACAUCAGCCAGAACACAAUCCUGGAAUAUGUGAUGAUUAACAGUAUAUUUGAAGCUAUUUUACAGAUUCUGUCCAACCCACCUAGUCGCAGGGAGCAUGGUUAUGAUGCUGUUGUCCUUCUUGCUUUGCUAGUUAACUACAGAAAGUAUGAGUCGGUGAAUCCCUACAUUGUGAAACUCUCUAUUGUAGAUGACGAGGCCACACUCAAUGGAAUGGGACUGGUCAUCGCCCAGGCAUUGUCCGAGUACAACAGGCAGUACAAAGAUAAGGAAGAGGAGCACCAGAGUGGCUUUUUCUCAGCCUUAACCAAUAUGGUGGGCAGCAUGUUCAUAGCCGAUGCCGAUGAGAAAAUCUCCGUCCAAACCAAUGAGGCAAUUCUUCUGGCCCUCUACGAAGCCGUUCACUUAAACCGGAACUUCAUCACCGUGUUGGCACAGAGCCAUCCAGAAAUGGGGUUGGUGACAGUGCCGAUAAGCCCAAUUCCAACAACGCCAGUCACUCCACUCGGGACCACUCCGCCUUCUUCAGACGUUAUAAGCUCUGCAGAGCUGCCUUUGGAUGCCGAUGUGCAGACCAGCAACCUGCUGAUAACCUUCUUAAAGUACAGCUCAAUUGUCAUGCAGGACACAAAAGACGAACACCGGCUCCACAGCGGCAAGCUCUGUCUGAUUAUCCUGACGUGCAUAGCAGAGGAUCAAUACGCUAAUGCUUUUUUGCAUGAUGACAACGUGAAUUUUCGAGUAAACCUGCACAGGAUGCCAAUGAGACACAGGAAGAAAGCCGCAGACAAGAACCUGCCCUGCCGCCCCCUGGUGUGUGCAGUCCUAGAUCUGAUGGUGGAGUUCAUCGUAACACACAUGAUGAAAGAGUUUCCUAUGGAUCUGUAUGUGCGGUGCAUUCAGAUCGUGCACAAGCUGCUGUGCUACCAGAAGAAAUGCAGAGUGAGGCUUCAUUAUACCUGGCGGGAGCUCUGGUCAGCUCUGAUCAACUUGCUGAAGUUCCUCAUGUCCAAUGAGACUGUGCUAUUGGCAAAACACAACAUCUUCACCGUGGCGCUCUUGGUAGUGAACUUGUUCAACAUGUUCAUCACCUACGGAGACACCUUCCUCCCAACUCCCAGCAGCUACGAUGAGUUGUACUACGAGAUCAUCCGUAUGCACCAGAAUUUCGAUAACCUCUACUCCAUGGUGCUCCGGCUUUCGACCAAUGCCGGUCAGUGGAAGGAGCCUGCCAGCAAGGUGACGCAUGCGUUAGUCAAUAUCAGAGCCAUCAUCAACCACUUCAACCCAAAGAUCGAGUCUUACGCUGCAGUGAAUCACAUCUCCCAGCUCUCGGAGGAGCAGGUCUUGGAGGUUGUCCGCUCUAACUACGACACGCUAACCCUGAAGCUUCAGGACGGGCUGGAUCAGUACGAGCGCUACUCGGAACAGCACAAGGAGGCUGCCUUCUUCAAAGAACUGGUUCGGUCCAUCAGCAUCAACGUACGGCGGAACCUUGCCUUCAACACGCUGAGCCAGGAGGUCCUUCUGAAAGAGUUCUCCACCAUCUCUUGAGCCAGAGCCGCUCAGCUGCCGCGCGGGGCUGUCAGGAGAACGACCCGUCUCGGCGCAAACACCACCGAGCUGCGGCCACCUGCCCCUCGCCCGCGGAAGGGACUGCACUUCCUGGGGGCAGCUUCCAGUGCGGGCAUUCCUGCAGGACUCUGUGCUCACGGAGAGACACUCCCAUCCAGACACGCGGGGGGCAGAUUUAGCUGAAGCAGGGACAUUGAUGCGCCGGAAGAGCAAUAGCGUCAUGGUGCCAGGGAGGACGUUGGAUGCCAUGGGUGUAGGGAGCUGCUUGGGCUGCAGUUCCGGUUGAGGACUAGCUGAGAGAUUCCCUUGGGGUGCGGGGGGGGGGCACAUUCACAAAGCAGAGAGCAGAGCUGGGUUUCUUUCCUCCCCUGAGCAGGGUCACUCCAGAUGUGCUGGGAGAGAUCACUCAACUUUCUCUGCAGGAAAAAUAAAUUUCCCGCCACCCCCGCAGGAAGGGGCAGGCUGGCUAAGCAACCUGCCCCUCUCCACCCACGUUACAGGGACUACAUGCAUGGGGCCGGCACUGAGCAGCCCUCGUGUGCUGGGAGCUGCAUGGGCGUUUAGCAUGGAUCCCCCAGAGCCCCUGUCAGACGUCCCCCGCCCAACUCACUGCCCAGCAGCCUUGGGAUUCAGAAGCUGCUCAUCGCACCCAGGCAUGGGGGGGUCUCACUUCCAGGGCACUUGGCUGAGUCGCUCUGGUCUGAUCCUGCUUCCUCUAGCCUGCCCGGGACGUGCGGCACCAGAAGGUCGUGUGCGUGCUGCAGGCUGGUCCUACCCUCGCCGGCAUCCGCCCGGGCCUGCUCUCAGGAAUUUCUCAGCUGGAAAACGUCCCCACGACACUCACUGCUCCGCGAGUUUGGUUGUAGUCGCUUUCACUCUGCUCUGGCCUUAAGGCCGGGCCUGUCAAAUCAUUAGAUGUUCCCAGGGCUUUGGGGAGCAGACCCAGCUCCCUUUCUCUCUCCCCCACCCCCUUUAUUACCCCCCAGAGGCUCUGCACUGCCACGACUCCCCGUCCCCAGAGGGCUGGGCUAGCCGAGCCUGCGAUCCCCACUCUCCGCAUCCCCCAGUGACCGAGCGGGCCCAGCUGUUCAGUGCCCAGAUCUUCACCGGCGUGGCUGGAGCGGCCAGGGGCUCCUGGGCUGUCAGAUACGUGCACCAGCAUAAUGGGAAGCAUGGGAGGGUGUUAGUUCAUAGGCCGGUCCCACCUCCAGCCUCUGCAAAGCGCUUAGGGAGACCGGGCAGAGACCUCUCCUCGGGGCAGUGUGAAAUGCAGCCUUUCGGCUUUACCUGCUCAAGCACCCAGCCUGUUCAGAACGGUCCCUCUGCACCGAUUCCCAGGCUGGCCAAUGGCUGUGCCAGCCUGCCCUCGAAAUCAAACCGGGCCAUGCGCCCCGUCAGCUCCACAGCGUGAGAGCGCAUUGCAGACGUACUCAGCAGAUCCCGAUUGAAGUGCCAGCGCCGUCAUCUGCAUCCACCUUUUCUAGAAAACGAGAAAGUGCCUAGGUGAGGGGAGGCUGUGACUCACCCAUACUCGCUCUGAGCCACGGCUUCCACACGAGCGUUUUUAAAAAGUUGAAAUAACGUUAAUGAGCCAUCUCCCCACCAUGGGCAAGGGAACUGUCCCAGCUAAAACGGAUCCUUAGCCCCCUGCUGGCGCACCAGGGGCUGCAGAACAUACGGCCUGGGAGACCAGCUGCCGUCCGGUGGCUCCUGCUGCUCUGAGCAGACGACAGUUCGCCUUGACUCGGAGCUCCCUGGCUUGUCGCAGCUGAAGCCAGGCGUUUUGUAUCGUUUUCCUUCGUUUGUGUGUGACAGCGUCAGCGGGACGGCCGGCGAGCAGCAGCCAGAGCUCGGCCUGCCCCAGGCGAAGCCAGGUCAGCCUGGUGUGAUCUGAUUCUUCAGCAGCGUGUAAGUGAAAGGAGCUGGAAGUGCCAGCAGCAGGUGCACUGCCAUCUCCUCUGAGUCCCGGGGAGAACCCUGCCUGCUUCAGUUCUGCUGGGCUCACUUGGCUGAAGGUGACGUGAGCUGCUUCCUUUGGCCUUGGUACCAGCAACACCCCCCCCCCCACACACACACACACACAGAGGGGGCUCAGGAGGACUGGAGCACUGGGUCCCUCUUGCUGAUUCAGUUUAGGCUGCACCUAGAAAGGUGGCUGGGGCUGGGAGCAGGGCUGACACCUCCAGAGACCAAGGCAACUGACGCGGUGUCUCAGCUUGUCCAUCGACCGCCACGAGAUCCCUUCUCUGGAUGACGGGACGGCAGCAGGGCCUGCUCUGGGAUGAGUGCCGAGGGCAGCCGCUGAGCCAGCCGGCGGGUGCCACAUGUCCUGUGGAGCGUCGCUGAGCCCAGCACUGUCAGUGGGGGUCUCGGCAUAGCACAGAGAGCUAAAUAAACGGGAAUGUUCGCUUCCA